AUGUUUGUAUGGGUAUAUGACGUCGAUGUUUACGAUUAUUUUGAAAACGCGAGACUAUCGAUUGAUUUCAUGUACAUUCGAGAUGUCAUCGAAAAUAUGGAAGCAACACCUGAAACUGUGCUCGUCGUCUUAUCAGCAACAGUUCUGAUUGUCAUCUUUGCCGUCAUCGCUCUAUUCAUUAAAUCGAGAAAUCAGUUGAAUUGGUAUGAACAAAAUGUUCUUGAUUUGGGAUAUACUCCAAUGCGCCUCCGGUGCCCUUCAUUUACGAGAACCGAUACCGAAGAAACAACUGUAUCGGAUAUUGUCGAGCAAGGCUCACCGAGUCGGCCAUUUCGCGAAGCCGCCACUCUACCGAUACCGAAAGGCGAUCUGACUAAUUUGUUCAUGAUCCCAACGGCUAAAAAUCGCCCCAGAAGCAUGUUCUCCAAGCUCCAUUCAAACCAAUUCGAUCGUGGAAUGUAUCAAUUCCCGAUGGGCGAUGAAUCUGCGUGCAGCUCUGUCAAUAUGGUUGCAACUGGCUCAAUCCAAAUAUGUGUCAGUCACGAUGCUAAUUUGAACUUGCUCACAAUCACUUUGAGACAAGCUAUUGACCUGCCAUCGAAAAGGGAGGAUGAUAACCCAAACCCUUAUAUGAGAGUUACCAUGGAGAUUCCCGAGCAAAGAAAACCUGCAGUUGAGCACCAAACUAAGACAUUCAUGGCAACAGCUUCACCGACAAUUAAUGAAGAUUUCUUCUUUUCGGUUCCCGCAGAUCAGAUUGCGCAAUGCCGAUUGGAAAUCAUGGUCUAUGAUUUUGAUCAAUUCAGUGUUGAUGAGUGCAUCGGCUAUUGCUGGCUGACACUUGGACGAUUGAGCCCAUCAUUUGAGCAUAACACCCCAACAGUAUUUUGGGCUGAGGUUCUUCCUUACGAAGACAAUGAAAGUGGCUAUGGACAAAUUCUGUUUUCUCUUGCGUAUCUGUCACAUGCUCAGCGGCUCACCAUGAACAUCUUCAAGGUUCGCAACAUCAAGACGAAAACUGACGGAAAUAUUUGUUUGCGCGUGACCCUUUAUAGCGCUAACGAGAAGCCAUUAAAGAAAAAGAAAACGUCAUCGAAGAAAUGUGGAAGAACUGUGCAUUUCAAUGAGUGCUUGACAUUCAGCGUUCCAAAACACUCGCUUUGCGAUGUCUUUUUGCUUAUUGAGUUGAGCACGGAAACCGGAACAUUUCUGAUGGCAUCACGCACGGUUGCCCGAAUGUUUUUGCCAAUUCACAAGUGUAAAGACUUGUGGCGAGCGAUAAUCCGCGAGGAGAAAUCGCAGGCACGAUGGUAUUCGCUGGAAGCUCCAUAA